GCGGGGCCGGUGAGCGCGGGCCGGGGGCGGCGCGGCGCGGCAACAGUCCCGUGUCGGGGUCCGUCGCUCGCUGUAGGCCGCAGCAGCAGCCCGGGCUCGGCCGCCUGGAGAAUCCGCCACCGCGCUGCCCGGUGCCUGCCCCGGCCUGCCCAGAGGGAAACCGGUUGCGGAGCGCCCUUUGCCGCUGCCCGGGGCCCGCCUGGGUUUCCUUAUCCGCCGAAGAAAUCCGCGGCUCGGUGGCGGUGACACCACCCGGUACCGGACGCUGCGGGGGCUUCAUGCGCGCAGCCCCAGCCCGGCCUCUCUGUCUCCCUCUCGCCCCUUCCCAGCCGAACUCGAGGCGUGUCGGCGUGCGAGGGCACAGAGCCAUGUGUGCUGCGGCCUCUUAGCAGCAUGCUGGCCCCGGGGGCCUCGCGCCUCCUGCGCCCGGAGCUCAGGAGUUCCUCGAGAAGCGCUUUCCUUUGCUUCCCCGCUGUCCUGCGGGCCAAGCGCUGGCUGGAAGAGGCAGCCCAGGCCUGUCUGUUUGAAUUUGGCUUGGGCCCGAGCGCUGCCAGUGCUCCUAGCACCCUGCACUGCUUUUGAAAGCAGCUAGCUAGCUCUCUUUCUGAACUGUGGUCUCCAGAGAUGGGUGCGCGCUCCUUUAUACUCGUAUCUCUGGAAGGCACCCCUGAUGGAAGAAGACUUCCUGGGGAGAGUUUUUGACAGAAGCAUUCUACAAGUGGAACUGAAAGAGGCGUUAUUUAAAGCUCUUGGAGUCAGAGCCUCUACAGGGACGCGAUGGCUGUGAGCAUGGAUGAUGACGUUCCCCUCAUCCUCACCCUGGAUGAUGGUGGAAGCAGCGCCUCAGCCCCUCUAGAUGACCCGGAUCGGGAGGAGCUGCCUAAUGAAAAUGGAGGUAGCUAUGACGUUAUUAAUGACGCAUCCAGCCCCGCUGCGGGGGACUGCUGUGCGCAGCAAAGCUCUGCCCGACACAACUGGGAAAUGAACUACCAAGAGGCAGCGAUCUACCUCCAGGAAGGAGAAAACAAUGAUAAGUUCUUCACUCACCCCAAAAAUGCCAAAGCACUUGCUGCCUACCUCUUUGCACACAAUCACCUUUUCUACCUAAUGGAGCUGAGCACGGCACUGCUUCUCCUGUUGCUGUCUCUCUGCGAGGCACCUGCUGUUCCUAUGCUCCGUCUUGGCAUCUUUGUCCAUGCAACCCUGGAGCUGUUUGCAUUAAUUGUGGUAGUCUUCGAACUCUCCAUGAAGAUGAGGUGGCUGGGCUUCCAAACCUUUAUCAGGCACAAGAGGACUAUGGUGAAGACUUGCGUGCUGUUUGUACAGUUCAUAGAGGCAAUCGUGGUGUUGGUGCGUCAAACCUCGCAUGUCCGGAUAACGAGAGCUCUGCGCUGUAUCUUCUUGGUGGACUGCCGUUACUGUGGUGCCGUCAGAAGGAAUCUGCGACAGAUCUUCCAGUCACUCCCACCAUUUAUUGACAUUCUUCUCCUUCUGCUUUUCUUCAUGGUGAUUUUUGCCAUCCUGGGUUUUUACUUGUUUUCUCCUAACCACUCCGAUCCGUACUUCAAUACCUUAGAGAACAGCCUCGUGAAUCUCUUUGUGCUUUUGACCACUUCAAAUUUCCCUGAUGUGAUGAUGCCGUCUUAUGCUCGAAACCCCUGGUCCUGUGUCUUCUUCAUCGUGUAUCUCUCUAUUGAGCUGUACUUCAUUAUGAACUUGCUUCUCGCUGUUGUGUUCGACACUUUCAAUGACAUCGAGAAGAACAAGUUUAAGUCGUUGCUGCUGCACAAGCGCACAGCCAUACAGCAUGCCUACCGCUUGCUGAUCACCAAACAGAGGCCGUCUGGAAUUUCCUUCAAGCACUUUGAGGGGCUGUUGCGGUUUUACAAGCCUCGGAUGUGUGCCAGGGAGCGAUAUCUCACUUUCAAAGCACUGAAUCAAAGCCAUACUCCUUUAAUCAGUCUAAAGGAUUUUUACAAUUUCUAUGAAGUUGUUGGCUUAAAGUGGAAGGCAAAACGAAAUCGUGAGCACUGGUUUGAUGACCUUCCACGGACAGCAUUCCUUAUUUUUAAAGGCAUCAACAUCCUCGUGAACUCCCGUGUGUUCCAGUACACCAUGUAUACUGUGGUGGCUGUGAAUGGAAUUUGGAUUCUUGUUGAAACCUUUAUGCUUCAAGGAGGGAAUUUCUUCUCCAGAAAUGUCCCGUGGAGCUACAUAGUCUUCCUCACAAUCUACGGCAUGGAGCUGCUCCUGAAGACCACUGGGUUGGGGCCUGUUGAGUACCUGUCUUCAGGCUGGAACCUCUUUGACUUCUCAGUCACCCUGUUUGCAUUUCUGGGGCUCAUAGCCCUGGCGUUUAACAUGGAGCCGUUCUACUUCAUUGUCGUCUUGCGGCCUCUUCAGCUGCUGAGGCUGUUUAAACUGAAGAAACGCUACAGGAAUGUCCUGGACACUAUGUUUGAGUUGUUCCCCCGGAUGGCCAGCCUGGGUUUAACCCUGCUGAUCUUCUACUAUUGCUUUGCCAUUGUUGGCAUGGAGUUCUUUGCUGGCGUUGUCUACCCGAACUGCUGCAACACAAGCACAGUUGCAGAUUCCUACCGCUGGGUGAAUCAUACGGUUGGCAAUAAAACAGUUGUGGAAGAAGGUUAUUACUAUCUCAACAACUUCGACAACAUUUUGAAGAGCUUUGUUACACUGUUUGAGCUGACAGUUGUCAACGACUGGUACAUCAUCAUGGAAGGGGUGACAUCCCAAACCACUCACUGGAGCCGUCUUUACUUCAUGAUCUUCUACAUUGUGACCAUGGUGGUGAUGACUAUCAUUGUGGCUUUUAUUCUGGAUGCUUUUGUCUUCCGCAUGAACUACACUCGGAAGAACCAAGAUUCAGAAGAAGACAACGGCAUCAUGCUGGAGAAGGAGAUCUCCAAGGAGGAAGUGGUUGGCAUAAUCGAGCUGUACAAGCGGAGUUCAGCUGCUGCUGAAACCGCUCAGCUGCAGAAGAUGGUUUUGCAGAUGGACAAAUACGGGCAAAUGUCAACAGUGUUUCUGGGACGCAGAUCAAGGACCAAGAGUGAUUUGAGUAUGAAGAUGUAUGAGGAGGAGAUACAGGAGUGGUAUGAGGAGCAUUCCAGAAAAGAGGAAUCUCAGACACCGUUGCAAGAGCCUGCGUCUGCUUCCAACAGCUCUCUGAAGCCCCUGAGCCUCCGACAACGCUCCCAGACUGUCAUUUAGGUCUAGCUUAUGCAAGCCGCCUUCUAUGCAAUAACCUAGAAUAUUAUUUUUCAGCAUAUAUAUUGGGAUGAUGUAUAUAGAUCUGUUCAGUGUACUGUUCGGCUUUAGGGUUCAAAUCUCUUUCCCUAGGCAGUGAGUUACUGAAAAAAGCAGAGGCCCGGGGGGCUCUGUGCGGGGCUGCUGCACCCAGGCUGAGCGUGGUGCCUGUGCUCAGCACAGAGCGAACGUCUCAGAUGGGGCAGAGACCUUCUCCCUCUGAGCUGCUUCCCGGGAUCGACCCUGCUGUUUGUCUUAGAACUAACGGACCUUGGGGAAAGGGAUGUGCACUCCGUUAACAGCAGGAGAUGCGCUGAAGCCACCUGCUCAGUAUUAAAACUUUUGUCCUUUUUGAAGAUCCCUUUUGCUGAAAGGGUACCAUUAAGCUAGGAAUAAAAGAUCAGGGAGUGAAUUUUUGUUUCUUCUCCGCCCUCCUUAUGCAAGGAAAGGGGAGGUGGUGUGAAACUUCAGCACUUUUGGAAUAGCGGUCUACCUUCCCCUCCGUUUUGUCACACCUAGAAGCACUCCCUGUAGCGGAUCCAGCUCCGGUUAUUGAACUCGGCUGUCCCUGAGCAGCUCUGUGGCAGCUGGAGCCAGAAAAUUGAGGGCCAGCGGCUCAUUGGGUUAGGAGCGUAGGUAGGACGGGAGUUUGGGAAGACAAACUGUCUCUCCGCUAUAGCUAUCCAAUAUCCAUGUUUCUGCGGGUCCCAUGGCGCUGCCCAGGACUGGAAUCACCUCUGUGAACCCCAAAGCUCCUCUCUCUGUUCAGAGAGAGGGGGAUUCUGUGGGGCAGCUCUGUCUGCCACUUGGCUGCUGCUCUGUCAAUGGCAAAUCUCUGGCUGGUCCUUAGAAGACCGGAAAGAUGAAGUGGAAGGAUUUUGCAGCUUCGAGUCUGACUUAUUUCUGCCUGGCUCUGGGUUGAGGAGAGCUUACGGGCAUGAAGCAGUACUGCUGGUUAGUCCUCAGCCGGGUCGUUGCUUUGUUCAUACGGGUGAGCGAGUCCCAGCACAGUGUUGCUCCUCCCUUGCUCUCACCCUUGCAGAAAUGUUCCUCAGGUUGGCAAACACUGACUGAGCCGGAUCUUAGGAAGAUUACUGAAUUUUGGAUGCAGGAGGAACGUGGAAGAGGAGGAUUCUUCUCACCUGUCUGCUUUUCCGCAGCUGGCAAGGAGGCCGACAGACCUGGUAGAUGAGGGGGUCGGAAGGGAUUCCUUCGCAGCUUUGACAUGUUUAUUCUGUGAUCGUGGCAGGUUGCAUCAUCGCUUGUAUUUCAUUGCCCAUGAUGUGAUGAGAACUUGUCUCUGUAAGUUUUUCCCCUGUCAGCUCAGAAAGUGCUGAGGACUGGAGGUACCUCUCAGCUGGGAGCUCCCCUCCCCUCUUGCUGUCUGAUCUUUUCUCGGGUUCAGAUUAGGAGCAGAGUGUGCCGGGGACGCCCCUCCUUGGUAGGUGCACCGUGGGGCACAAGGACAGCCCGAGAGGACUGACCCUGUUUGGGCAGCUCAGAAGUGUUUCCUUGGGUGGAUGAGACUUCUGAAAGUCGGCAGGGAUAGAGCUGGCGCUGAAAAUCUCUCCCUGUGUAGCAUGGUGGGAGCAUUUGGGCUGCGGGCUGGAAAGACCCAGUGAGCAGCUUUCCAGGCGGCACGAACACCAGCGUCUGCUCUCAACCCUUGCCAAAUUCCCUGCGUGCCUCAGGGCAACUCUUUUGUUUCAUUUCUGGGUACUGCAGGUAUGAAACUACUUCUGAGCUGAACCGUGAAGGACCUUAAAGGGCUGUUUUCCAAACCAUAAAUUUGACCACAAAUUAAUGAGCAGUGCAGUUGUUGCUCUUGCAGUUGCUCUGCAUGGAGUCGCAGCCCGGGAGAUUUAUCCAGAUUAGUCCUGAGGCUCGAGGAGAUGUUGUUUAUUCUGCUUUUAGAUUGUGGGCAGGAUGAACAAGCAUUGGGAAGGUUGGGGGUGGGAAAAGUGUGGCUGUGUUUAAACUGCAUGUUUCCCUACAGCCUGUGACCUUUUUUUGAGGUGUUUUCUGGGUGUGAAAAGAGCUGCAGCUUUGAGCUAUAGCGAGGGGGGCACCAACCUGCUUACCACGCAAUGACUGGGCUUUUGUGCCACGGAGACAGGAACGCUUGGACUGGGGCUCAGGGCUCAGAUACUGCUUCCAUGGUCUCGUGCUGAGGUGUUGAUGUGCCCCCCUCCCCGUGCACGCUGGAUUAAUUAUUUUUGUAAACAAGAAGGGUUACAGAAGUUUACUUCUUCCACAAACUUUGUCUGGAAGGAAAUGAAGUUUGAGUACGGGGCAUCCCCUUUAUUUAUCCUCCUCUCCCCCACCUGACACACAGACUAACGACAGAGACAAUCAUUUUGUAGGGAGAAGGGAGGAAGCACUGCAGGAUUUUGUAUGCUGGUGUUGUUUAUAAAAUGAUUUUAUGGACAUGUCUGUAAAAUGUUCUCUAGAUUUUUUUCAAGCACACUAAUAAAAAGCAUCCUCAGCUUUG